CGAGCCUAGCGAGGCGUGCUGGCGGCUCCACCGAGCCGGGGCGAGGCGGCGGCGACUAAAGCCAUGGCCGGGGCGUUGGAGGGUCUGGCCGCGGGCUUGCACGGCCCGCGGGUCGUCCCCAGCCAAGACUCGGACUCAGACACAGACUCGGAGGACCCGAGUACCCGGCGCAGCGCGGGCGGGCUGCUCCGCUCGCAGGUCAUCCACAGCGGUCACUUCAUGGUGUCGUCGCCGCACAGCGACUCGCUGACCCGGCGGCGCGACCAGGAGGGGCCCAUGGGGCCCGCAGACUUCGGGCCUCGCAGCAUCGACCCCACCCUCACCCGCCUCUUCGAGUGCAUGAGCCUGGCCUACAGUGGCAAGCUGGUGUCUCCCAAGUGGAAGAAUUUCAAAGGCCUCAAGCUGCUUUGCCGAGACAAGAUCCGCCUUAACAACGCCAUCUGGAGGGCCUGGUACAUCCAGUAUGUGGAGCGGAGGAAGAGCCCCGUGUGUGGCUUCGUGACCCCCCUGCAGGGGCCUGAGGCUGAUGAGCACCGGAGACCAGAGGCCGUGGUCCUGGAGGGCAAUUACUGGAAGCGGCGCAUUGAGGUGGUGAUGCGCGAGUACCACAAGUGGCGCAUCUACUACAAGAAACGGCUCCGUAAAUCCAGCAGGGAAGGGGACCUCCUGACCCCAAAGCAGGCGGAAGGGGGUUGGCACCCACCAGAGCGAUGGUGCGAGCAGCUCUUCUCGAGCGUGGUGCCCGUGCUGCUCGGGGGCCCGGAGGAGGAGCCCGGCGGGCGGCAGCUGCUGGACCUCGAUUGCUUUUUGUCCGACAUCUCCGACACGCUCUUCACCAUGACGCAGCCCAGCUCCGCGCCCCUGCAGCUGCCCCCUGAGGACGCCUACGUGGGCAAUGCUGACAUGAUCCAGCCGGACCUGACGCCCCUGCAGCCCAGCCUGGACGACUUCAUGGAGAUCUCAGAUUUCUUCACCAGCUACCGCCCCCCACCGACGCCCACGCCCUCACACUUCCCGGAGCCCCCCAGCUUUGGCCCCAUGGCUGACCCUUUCUUCAGCAGUGGGAUCUUGGGCUCAGAGGUGCCCCCUGCCUCGUCGGGCGUGACCCACCUCUCAGGGCAUAACCGCCUGCAGGCCCGGAGCAGCUGCCCUGGCCCCCUGGACUCCAGUGCCUUCCUGAACUCUGAUUUCCUCCUUCCUGAAGACCCCAAGCCCAAGCUCCCACCUCCGCCAGUGCCCCCACCCCUCCUCCAAUACCCGGCCCUUGCCAAGGGGCCUGGCCUAGAGCCCUGUCCCCCACCCACCUACCCUCCCAUGGCUCCUCCCCCUGCUUUGCUGCAGGAAGAGCCUCUCUUCUCUCCCAGAUUCCCCUUCUCCACUGUUCCCCUGGGCCCAGGAGUAUCCCCACUGCCUGCUCCCACUGCCUUCCCACCCACCCCACAGCCGGGUCCAGGCCCGGCCCCUGGCCCCUUCCCCAUAGACCUUCUGCCCUCAGGGUAUCUGGAGCCCUCAUUUGGGCCCCACUUCACAGUGCCCCAAGGCAUGCGGCCCAGAGGCAGGCCCCCCACCGCAUCCCCUAGAGGGCGGAAGCCCAGCCCCCCGACCUUGGCCCCUGCCACUGCCAACCCCACUGUCACUGCUGGGGGCAGCAACCCCUGCCUCACACAGCUGCUCACAGCAGCGAAGCCCGAGCAGACCCUGGAACCAGCACUUGUGUCCAGCACCCUCCUCCGGCCCUCAGGGUCCCCGCAGGAGACGGCCCCUGAAUUCCCCUGCACCUUUCUACCCCCGACCCCGGCCCCCACACCGCCCCGGCCACCUCCAGGCCCGGCCACACUGGCCCCUCCCAGGCCCCUGAUUGUCCCCAAAGUGGAGCGGCUCUCGCCCCCAGCGCACAGCGGUGGUGAGCGGCGGCUGUCUGGGGAGCUCAGCUCCAUGCGGGGCCCGGGGAUUCUGAGUGUCUGCGUCUCUCCCCCUCAACCCAUCCUAAGCCGGGGCCGUCCAGACAACAACAAGACUGAGAACCGGCGCAUCACCCACAUCUCUGCAGAGCAGAAGCGGCGCUUCAACAUCAAGCUGGGGUUUGACACCCUGCACGGGCUGGUGAGCACACUCAGUGCCCAGCCCAGCCUCAAGGUGAGCAAAGCAACCACGCUGCAGAAGACAGCCGAGUACAUCGCCAUGCUGCAGCAGGAGCGUGCGGCCUUGCAGGAGGAGGCCCAGCAGCUACGGGACCAGAUCGAGGAGCUCAACGCUGCCAUUAACCUGUGCCAGCAACAGCUGCCCGCUACUGGGGUGCCCAUCACACACCAGCGUUUCGACCAGAUGCGAGACAUGUUUGACGACUAUGUCCGUACCCGGACGCUGCACAACUGGAAGUUCUGGGUGUUCAGCGUCCUCAUUCGGCCUCUGUUCGAGUCCUUCAACGGGAUGGUGUCCACUGCAAGCUUGCAGAGCCUCCGCCAGACCUCCCUGGCUUGGCUGGACCAGUACUGCUCCCUGCCCGCUCUCCGGCCAACUGUCUUGAACUCUCUCCGCCAGCUGAGCACAUCUACCAGUAUCCUGACAGAUCCAGGCUGUAUACCUGAGCAGGCCACACGGGCGGUCACAGAGGGCACCCUUGGCAAACCUUUAUAGUGCUGGCCAGACACUGCGGCUCACUCAGCGGCCCCGGGGCUGCUUUCCCUGGGUGUGGGCUCCAGGGACAACUUCUGGGCACUCCCUUCCUGCCCCAGGCCCUGGCUGUCCCCUUGCCUGAGGGUCUAGCAGGGCCCAAAUCUCUUCCACCUCCUGAAAGCCAGAAAGAGCUACGUUCUAGUCGCUGCCCCACCAGUGACGAACACUGUGACCUGGGGGACUCGUGUUCACUGUUGGGACCUCCAUUUUCCAGUCUGCAAAAUGGGGCUGGAGAAGCUUCAACCAGAUGAUGAUCCCAAGGCUAACUUAGCAGCUGUGACACUUGGAGCUGAAGCUGGCAACUCAGGGAGCUUGGAGGAGGAAGGGGGAUGAUCCUGUUUUCUUGCCUCCCCCGGGUAGGACACAGGCAGAAAAGGAGGUUCCCACUCUCUGCUCCUUCGCUGGUCGCCCAGUGUGGGGUGGGGUGCUGCAGGAUGGCAUCCCUGGGUGAGGCCAGGAAGGUCUGAUCCCAGGAGAGAGCAGGGCAGAGGGGUGGCCAAACCAGGGGCAGGCAUCUUGUGUGUGUGUGGAUGCGUGUGUGUGGAUUUUGUAAAGAAUUCUUGCCAAUAAAACCAAAAACUGUUGGG